GUCACUGAACAUGCCCAGACCCCAGACAACACACACGAAGAGGAAUGUUUCUCCCCCCUCGAACCUACCAGCAUGGACUCUUUGGUACUUUAGGAAAUCAUAUACCCAUUUUUGCUUUUACUCACAGAUUUUGUUUUUCAACCGUUCUACACAAAGAAUGUACCUCAAAUAUCCUAUCUCCCGGCUAUAGAAUCGUGACUCCCCAGUGUGCAAGCUCCAAAAUAGGAAAACCCUCCAUUGCUCUCCAGUGUCAGACAACACACCAAACAUUUCAAAAUGGCUGCUCUCAUCACAGAGAACUUCAAGUUUGUCUCGCUCUUCUUCAAGAGCAAGGACGUAAUGAUCUUCAAUGGCCUGAUAGCCCUGGGCACGGUGGCCAGUCAGACCAUGUACAACAUAUUUGCCUUCGACUGCCCGUGCUCCUCCGGGCGGAACUAUCUCUAUGGCCUGGCAGCCAUCGGGGUGCCCGCCCUGGCAUUCUACCUCGUUGGCAUCAUGCUGAAUAAGAGUACCUGGGAUCUGGUGUCUGAGUGCCGCCUCAGGAGGUGCCGGAAACUAUCGGGGGCGGCUGCCUUCGCCGUCCUGGGCACUAUCAUUGGCAGAGCGGCCGUGGCUCCAGUGACGUGGGCUGUCAUCUCACUGUUACGUGGGGAGGCCUAUGUCUGUGCCCUCAGUGAGUUUGUGGACCCUUCAACCUUGGAAGGUUUUCCCUCUGGACAGGGGUUAGAGGUCAUGGCCAGGUUUCCCUGUAAGUCCACGGUCCCACAGGAGAUGCAGGGUUUUUGGGCGGAGAUUGAACGCCGGCUGAAGUACGAGUCUCAGCUGCUAGGGUGGCUGAUGGUGGCGGGGAUGGCAGUGGUUCUGUUCCUCCUUCUGUGCAUGAAGCGCUGCUGCUCUCCCCUGGGCUACCAACAGGAGGCGUACUGGUCCCAGUUCCGCUCCAACGAGCACGACCUCUUCCAGCGCACGGCCGACGUGCACUCCCGUAUCCUGGCUGUUGAGAGUGUUAAGAGCUACUUUGGCUUCGUGGCCCUGGAGAAAGAGGAGAAACAGCAGCUGGAGGAGCACCAGAAUGCCAGCCCCAUCUCUAGUACAGAGUGGAACCGGAUCACUGGGAUCUGCUUGUACAGAGAGAAAAAGGGAUUGCCCCUCUAUAGCCGCCUCAACAAGUGGGCCCAGUACAGUGUGGAGAACAACAUAGACGCCAUGGAGAAAGAGAUGGACACUCUGAGCUGACUGGCACUGGACACCCCAGUGUUCUUCAGCCAUGAUCCUGGGAACCCUGGGAAUCCUGGGAGUGCAGGCUUUUGUUCCAGCCCAGCACUGACACAUUCAACUAAUUAACUUAAUAGUCAAGUCCUUGAUUAGUUGAAAGAAUCAGGUGUGUAAGCACUGGGCUGGAGCAAAAGCAUGUCCACCUGAUGUGUCCCCAGGACCAGGGUUAAAGAACACUGACCUAGGUAGAUUAGUCUUUUACUUGUAUUAUCCCACAUUUGUAUUUAUUACACCCUUCGGCUAGUGAUGGCACCUGAUAACUAUUGGAAGUAAAUUGGAAUGGACUCAAAUAAUGUUCCCAACGUUACACUGUCAUUGUUCCCCAUUUACUUCCGCUCUCUUCCAGUUUUCAAAUGGUUGUAAUGGUUGAUAAAGGACAAUAGUCCAAAGUAUUUUUUCUGA